GGUGUAUUAGUGGUGCAAUAAGGAGCAUACACCACCAUCAACUGGUGUAUUAGUGGUGCAAUAAGGAGCAUACACCACCUCGACUGUUGUACUAGGGGUUUGAUGUGAAAACAGGCUGGAAAUGGCAUCAUACCCAGGGUUUCCCCCCUCCGACACAAACAAGAAGGCCUACUAUCCCAGGAUGGAAUUGUGGGAAAGUGGCAAGAACAUCACA